AUGGGUACAGUGGUGAUGUCAUCUGUUGUGUUGAGUGAUAGCAAAAGAGACUACAAUGUGAAUGAGCAACAGGCACUUAGAUUUGGUAGAAGCUACACAUUUGAUCCUUCUCACCUCAAUCUUCGGUUCGGCAAACGUGCAUACGAAAGUGAUCCGAUGGAAUACGCAAAUACAAGAUUGGGGAAGCGAUCAUCAUCGGUGUUGGACUUGCUGGAUGAUGAUCAGCGAAGAAAGAAGGCUGCACCGGCUGCUGUUUAUGUGCCACUAAACUUGGCUGAUGAUUUAGCUCUACGAUUUGGUAAAUGA